CAGUGUAAUUCUGGUGGUAGCUUGGGGGAUACUUCCUCGACAAACUCAACACACCGCAACACCGAGGCCGCAACGCGGGUUGCAAGAUCUGCGCGAUGCGAUGCGUGGAGAGAUGAGAUGAGAUGAGAUAUCGGGAAGGAGUAUUUGGGAUGCUGAUGGAUAGAAUUGCCACUCGCCAACUUGCUGCUGCUCCCUUCGUGCGAGCUAGCAACGCUUCUCGGCUUGAGCUUGUGGAAUCUUUUCUAGACAUUGAUGCCAAAUCUUCGGUCAGCCUUGGCCAGCCUUGGAACAUGCGAACGUUCAAGCAACCCAGCAGAACCACAUGGCAAACCUGGGUGAGGCUUGAUAAGAGGGGCAUAAUAGACCUUCGAGAAGAAGGGGAGAUGAUUACUAUGCACAUCCCGUCUAAGGAAAUACGAUGCAGGCACCACCACCAUGUGUGGGCGCUGACAAAUGCGCCGGUGUCGACCUGCAAUUGCAAAGUCGAAGGUCGCUGUGUUUUGUCUCUCGUAUGUAUGUCUAAUGGUCUAUUGCCUACUUACGCACGAUUACAGACUCCCUGCUCCCCCUUCGGAUCUGAUUACCGCACCCGGAUAAACGAAUCUCACCAUGACCUAUCCACCACCACCAUCCAUCCAUCAUCAUCAUCAUCACCCACGCGCCAUCAAGCCCUGGAUUCAUGGCGUCUGCGAAUGGUAGUGCCGCUCAGACGCCGAGGUCUCUGUUUUCUGCCCUCCGUCCUCUGUCCCAGGACCGUCGACUAAGCAUUGCAACAUAGUGCAACAUCCAGCCUUGUUCUGCGGGUCGCUCGUUGCCCAUCCCCCUGUCUCUCGCUUCCUAAAGUCCGUCUCGACAUCAAAAGUCGAACGACAAGGAAAGCCAAACGGCCAUAUCACAUCCUUCCUAGCUUUAGAAAAUUGUCUUCACACCUGACCCUAUCCAUCCCCCAUCGUUCCCGUAUUGUGCUCAACCAUGGCUGUGCGUCAUAAGCCCUGACAAACCUCCACUCCUUGGGG